GGCCAUCAGCAGCAUGUGGCUGCCACGGGUCUCCAGCACUGCAGUGACCGCGCUCCUGCUGGCCCAGACGGGCCUCCUCCUCUUCUUGGUGUCACAACCGCGACCCCAGGUACCCACGGGCCAGCCAAGGCCUGUGCAUGUGCUAGUGCUAUCAUCGUGGCGCUCAGGCUCGUCCUUCGUGGGCCAGCUCUUCAGCCAGCACCCUGAUGUCUUCUACCUGAUGGAGCCCGCUUGGCACGUGUGGGCCACGCUCCCGCAGGCCAGCGCGCCGGCACUGCACAUGGCCGUGCGCGACCUGGUGCGCUCAGUCUUCCUGUGCGACUUGGACGUGUUCGAUGCCUACCUGCCCUGGCGCCGCAACCUGUCCGAUCUCUUCCAGUGGGCGGUGAGCCGUGCGCUCUGCUCGCCUCCGGCCUGCAGCGCCUUUCCACGCGGGGCCCUCAGCAACGAAGCGGUGUGCAAGCCCCUGUGCGCCCGGCAGCCCUUCAGCGGGGCGCAGGCCGCCUGCCGCUCCUACAGCCACAUAGUGCUCAAGGAGGUGCGUUUCUUCAACCUGCGGGUGCUCUAUCCGCUGCUCAACGACCCCGCGCUCAAUCUGCGCAUCGUGCACCUGGUGCGUGACCCCCGCGCCGUGCUGCGCUCCCGCGAGCAGACGGCCAAGGCCCUGGCGCGCGACAAUGGCAUCGUGCUGGGCACCAACGGCACCUGGGUGGAGGCCGACCCGGGGCUGCGCGUGGUGCGGGAGGUGUGCCGCAGCCAGGUGCGCAUCGCCGAGGCGGCCACCCGCAAGCCGCCGCCUUUCUUGCACGGCCGCUACCGCCUGGUGCGCUUCGAGGACGUGGCGCGUGCCCCGCUGCCGGAGAUCCAGGCGCUCUACGCCUUCGCAGGCCUCAGCCUCACCCCACAGCUCGAGGCCUGGAUCGCCAACAUUACCCACGGGCCCGGGCCCGGAGCGCGCCACGAGGCCUUCAAGAUCACGUCCCGGGACGCGCUCAACGUGUCCCAGGCCUGGCGCCAUGCGCUGCCCUUUGCCAAGAUCCGCCGCGUCCAGGAGCUGUGUGCGGGCGCGCUGCAGUUGCUGGGCUACCGGCCUGUGUUCUCUGAAGAGGAGCAGCGCAAUCUUGCCCUGGAUCUGCUGGUUCCUCGAGGACCCAGCAGCUUCAGCUGGGCGUCAUCUGCCGACUCCAGGCCUUAGCGGGGUGUAAG